UUCGGAUAUGUAAACGUACAUAUAUGUACUCAUUUUAUGUAAACACAUCUUUUUGUCAUACUUACAGUAACUGACCGUUUUAAGAAAUGUUAUGACAGCACCAGUUGAAGAUGUCUGGUUUUAGUCCCGAGCUUAUUGAUUACCUGGAGGGUAAAAUAUCCUUCGAGGAGUUUGAAAGGCGACGAGAAGAGAGGCAAGCAAUUGAGAAAAAGGAUGCAUUACAAGCAGAGAUUGCUGAAUGUGAAGAAGAUGAUUCUAACAUGCCAUCAACAUCUGGAACUUACCAGUCAAGAAACAGGGCCUCUGAUGAGGAUGAAGAGGAAACCUCAGAUGGAGUAAGUAAGUCAGUCCAUCGAGCCUUUGCUUCAAUGAUCGGAGAAGAUGAGAAGGACAAUGAUGACGAGGAAGAUGAAGAAUAUGAUGAGGGUGAAUGUCUAGAAGGACAGCCUUCAGCUGGAGAUGUCUUUGCCUUGGAGAUGGAAAUUGAUCGUGAAAAUAAGAAAAUGAUGAAAGCAAGGCGACCUCGCAGUAAACUUCCCAAAGCCUUAAGAGGCUUAAUGGGGGAAGCCAAUAUCAGAUUUGCUCGAGGAGAAAAAGAAGAAGCCAUAUUAAUGUGUAUGGAAAUCAUUAGGCAAGCGCCUCUUGCUUAUGAACCCUUCUCAACUCUUGCGAUGAUAUACGAGGAUCAAGGUGAUAUGGAGAAAUCCCUACAGUUUGAACUGAUUGCAGCUCAUUUGAACCCCAGUGAUACAGAAGAAUGGGUCAGGCUUGCAGAGAUGUCUUUGGAACAAGAUAACAUUAAGCAAGCAAUUUUUUGCUAUUCAAAAGCACUCAAAUAUAACCCUACAAAUGUUCGUUAUUUGUGGGAGAGGUCAAGCCUGUAUGAGCAGGUAGGGGAACAUAAACUGGCAAUGGACGGAUAUCGCAAGAUUUUAAAUCUUUUGUCUCCUUCUGAUGGUGAAAGAUUCAUGCAGCUGGCAAGAGAUAUGGCUAAGACUUAUUAUGAAUCAAAUGAUGUUGCAUCUGCCAUUGCUGUGAUUGAAGAAGCCUUCUCCAAACACCAAAGUCUUGUAGCAAUAGAAGAUGUCAACAUUGCUGCAGAGUUAUACAUUUCCAACAAGCAGUAUGACAAAGCAUUAGAGGUUAUAACACAAUUUUCGGGGAUAACACUUAGAAAGGAGUCUGCCACUUCAGAAAACAGUGCAGAAAUUGCUGUAUGCCAUGUUCCAGAUGGUAUUCCCAUAGAUAUUACAGUCAAAAUGAUGCUUUGUUUGAUUCAUCUGAAUAUUCUUGAGCCAGUCAAUACUAUGUUGACUUCCCUAAUGGAGCAGAAUCCUGAAGAAAUGGGGGAUUUGUAUCUGGAUGUUGCAGAAGCUUUUAUUGAUGUUGGAGAAUAUAAUUCUGCUUUACCACUGUUGAGCGCUCUAGUGUGCUCAGAAAAAUAUAAUCUAGCAGUGGUAUGGCUGCGACACGCAGAUUGCUUAAAAGCAUUGGGACACAUGGAGAAAGCAGCAGAGAGUUACGGCAAGGUGGUAGAUAUGGCUCCUUUGCACUUGGAUGCCAGGAUAUCUCUGUCAACGCUUCAGCAACAACUUGGUCAGCCAGAUAAAGCACUGGAGGCAUUAGAACCCAUGUAUGAUCCAGAUACACUGGCACAGGAUGCAAAUGCUGCACAACAGGAACUCAAAUUGCUGCUUCAUCGAUCAACCCUGCUUUACUCUCAAGGCAAAAUGUAUGAUUAUGUGGACACAUUACUCACCAUGCUUGCCAUGCUUUUAAAAAUUGCAAUGAACAGAGCACAGGUUUGUUUAAUCUCAAGUUCAAAAUCAGGGGAGAGACACUUAUAUCUCAUCAAAGUGUCUAGAGAUAAAAUUUCAGACAACGAUGAUCAGGACUCUGCAAACUGUGAUGCAAAAGCAAUAUUUGCCAUACUUACAAGCGUUUUAAGCAAGGAGGACUGGUGGUAUCUUCUUUUGAAGGCAAUAUAUGCCUUGUGUGACUUGGCCAGAUACAAAGAAGGGGAGCUCCUUGUAGAUUCCUCGCUGGAGUAUUAUUCAUUCUACGAUGACCGACAGAAACGGAAGGAAUUAGAAUAUUUUGGGCUUUCAACUGCAAUUCUUGAUAAAAACUUUAGGAAAGCUUAUAACUACAUCAGAAUAAUGUUAAUGGAAGAUGUAAACAAACCACAGCUUUGGAAUAUCUUCAAUCAAGUCACAAUGCAUUCCCAAGACGUGAGACAUCAUCGAUUUUGCCUGAGACUAAUGCUGAAAAACCCUGAAAAUCUUGCUCUGUGUGUCCUUAGUGGUCAUAACGCAUUUGUGUCUGGAAGUUUCAAACAUGCUCUUGCCCAGUAUGUGCAGGCCUUCCGAAUGCAGCCCAGUGAUCCUUUGCACAGCCUAUGCAUAGGCUUAACAUUCGUUCAUAUGGCAUCACAGAAGUUUGUAUUAAAAAGACAUGCUUUAUUAGUACAGGGAUUUUCAUUUCUGAAUAAGUAUCUUGAUCUCCGUGGCCCUUGCCAGGAAACUUACUACAACCUUGGCCGUGCAUUGCAUCAAAUGGGUCUAACUCACUUUGCAAUUCACUACUAUCAGCAAGCUCUUGAGCUCACACCACUUCAGCUAAAGGGGAUGGAUGACGAUCAGGUGGACCUUCAGAGAGACAUUGCUUUCAAUCUGUCGCUCAUUUACCAGAGCAGUGGGAAUCUACAGAUGGCCCGCAGACUGCUAUAUCUUCACUGUGUCAUAUGACCUUUACUUACUUAGCUAAUGCUUCUAAUAAACUCUUUUUUAUGCUGCAAGCGUGACAACUGGAUAGUGAUUAAUUGUUAAAUAUUUGUGUACAGUACAAGAUUAAAACUAUUUAUGAUACUACA